AGAUUUCCGUUUCUGGAAAAGCUGGAAUAAAGACCAGUAUGCCCAUCAUUCUAUCUUCUACUGGAGUUGACCUCCAGCUUUCCUAGAAUACAGAGUGGCAGAUCUGCCUCCUUACAGCCACCCAAGUUGCCAGAAAAAUUUAAAUAUAUUGGCAAGUCCCCUCGGAUUUAAGCAAAAUGUUGAGCCGGGCUGCACUGAGUUGUCGGGGCCCCAUCCAUGGCCCAUGUCUGUUUUCCCGGGUUCGCACUACAGUAUCUUCUCAUAUGAAAUGUGUUCCAGCCUCCAUCUCUGCCCGGCAAUGGAGCAACAUUCCUUUUAUGACUAUGCCUCUUAUCCGCUCACAUGGAAAGCCGUUCGCGCACCGCAGCGAGCUGAAGCACGCCAAGCGUAUUGUGGUAAAGCUCGGGAGCGCUGUGGUGACACGAGGAGAUGAGUGCGGCUUAGCACUAGGUCGGUUGGCAUCCAUCGUAGAGCAGGUGUCUGUUCUGCAGAACCAAGGACGGGAAAUGAUGAUCGUCACCAGCGGGGCCGUGGCUUUUGGGAAGCAGCGUCUCCGCCAUGAAAUUCUAUUGUCGCAGAGCGUGAGACAAGCCUUGCAUUCGGGGCAGAACCAGCUGAAAGACAUGCAAGUUCCGGUACUGGAGGCACGAGCCUGUGCAGCGGCCGGGCAGAGCGGGCUUAUGGCUCUCUAUGAAGCUAUGUUCACCCAGUACAGUAUAUGUGCCGCACAGAUCCUGGUCACGAACCUGGAUUUCCACGAUGAGCAGAAAAGACGGAAUUUAAACGGCACUUUACACGAGCUGCUGCGGAUGAACAUCGUGCCGAUUAUUAAUACCAAUGACGCGGUUGUUCCUCCUCCAGAACCAAAUAGUGAUCUACAGGGGGUAAAUGUGAUCAGCAUCAAGGACAACGACAGCCUGGCAGCCCGACUAGCUGUUGAAAUGAAGGCCGAUUUAAUCAUCGUCCUAUCUGAUGUGGAAGGACUUUUCGACAGCCCACCAGGGUCUGAUGAUGCCAAACUUAUUGACAUUUUCUAUCCGGGAGAUCAGCAGUCGGUGACGUUUGGGACUAAAUCAAGAGUCGGUAUGGGAGGCAUGGAGGCCAAGGUGAAGGCUGCCCUUUGGGCCUUACAGGGUGGCACCUCAGUUGUAAUUGCCAAUGGAACGCAUCCAAAAAUAUCAGGCCACGUAAUCGCUGAUAUUGUUGAUGGGAAAAAAGUUGGAACGUUCUUUUCAGAAGUAAAACCUGCUGGGCCCACUGUGGAGCAACAGGCUGAAAUGGCCCGGACAGGCGGAAGGAGUCUGGCAACGCUGAAGCCCGAGCAGAGAGCAGAAAUCAUUUAUCACCUGGCUGACUUACUGACGGAUCACAGAGAUGAGAUUCUUGCUGCAAACAGGAAGGACAUGGAAACAGCUGAGGAGAAAGGAAGACUGGCACCUCCGUUAUUGAAGAGAUUAAGCCUUUCAGCAGCAAAACUGAACAGCCUGGCCAUAGGACUUAGACAGAUAGCAGUCUCCUCCCAGGACAGCGUGGGGCGCGUCAUACGUAGGACCCGGGUCGCUAAGGAACUGGAACUAGAACAAGUUACCGUACCCAUAGGAGUCCUGCUUGUUAUAUUUGAGUCCCGGCCAGACUGUCUUCCUCAGGUUUCUGCAUUGGCUAUAGCCAGCGGCAAUGGUUUGUUGUUGAAAGGAGGAAAAGAGGCGUCUAACAGCAACCAGACUCUGUACCGGCUCACCCAGGAGGCACUGUCUAUUCAUGGGGUCAAGGAUGCCAUCCAGCUGGUGAACACCAGGGAGGAUGUUGAGGAUCUGUGCCGCUUGAAUAAGCUGAUUGACCUGAUCAUCCCGCGUGGUUCUUCUCAUCUGGUCCGGGAUAUUCAGAAAGCUGCGAAGGGAAUACCAGUCAUGGGCCACAGUGAGGGCAUAUGUCAUGUCUAUGUGGACAAUGAGGCCAGUGUGGAGAAAGUCACAAGGAUCGUUCGAGAUUCCAAGUGCGAGUACCCUGCGGCCUGCAACGCUAUGGAGACUCUGCUCAUCCACCGAGAUAUACUGAGAACACCGCUGUUUGACCAAAUCAUCGACAUGCUGAGAGUGGAACAGGUGAAAAUCCACGCCGGUCCAAAGUUUGCCUCCUACUUGACGUUUAGCCCCUCUGAAGUAAAAUCUCUGCGAACGGAAUACGGAGAUCUGGAGUGCUGCAUUGAAGUGGUGGACAGCGUGGAAGACGCGAUUGCACAUAUCCACAAAUAUGGCAGCUCUCACACGGAUGUGAUCGUCACUGAGAACGAAGAGACAGCCGAAUUUUUCCUUCAGCACGUGGACAGUGCCUGCGUAUUCUGGAACUCCAGCACUAGAUUUUCAGACGGUUACCGAUUUGGACUUGGAGCGGAAGUUGGCAUCAGCACAGCUAGGAUCCAUGCCCGGGGGCCAGUGGGUAUAGAGGGACUUCUUACCACCAAGUGGUUGCUGCGGGGCGAGAAUCACGUGGUGUCGGACUUCUCUGAACAAGGAAGCAUGAAGUAUCUACACGAGAACCUUCCCGUACCACAGAGUAACAUUAUCUAGAAUCCAAAUUAACCUCAGUACAGACCACGUCUAGUGGCAGGAACCACCAAGCAGUCACUAUGCUGACAGGCCGUGUCCUCCUAUGUGAGAUAAAGAAACUAUGCACAUCAAUGAAAUACCAGAGACCCCAGUUUAUCCCGAACCUUCACAAUGCACUGGAUGUGCCCCAAGACCCGUGCGCUCCAGCCGCCGAUGGUAGUAGGUCCCGUUAGCUUUUAAUUCUGCACAGUAAUGUAUUGGUCAGUGUCCGGCACUUGCAGGGCUCGUGGUGUAGAGCGCCUGAUGGUUUUACGGUUAUCAAAUAGAAGUCCAUAAAGCUUAAGCUGGAAAUCAAUUUUAAGUGUCCUGACUCCAGCCGACCCGGCUUCUGUAUAGAAAACCUUUAAUUUAGCAGUGAUCCAGCUAAUUUAUUACCGAUGAUCCAGAUGAGAAGACGGGCCAGUGUCGGCAAAUCUAAAACGGAUCCCUUGCAAUGCUUUAUGGACUCAUCUUCUCGGGGCAUCUGAAAAUAUUAUUUCGUUUUGUUUUCAGUUCCUAAAAUAUUUUUGGUACUUUUUUUGCUUUUAAAAUUCCUAACUUUGUACAGUUGGUUCUUUGUGACCGAACGAUUAAGAAAAUUAUGAAAUGUUUGAUUCCACUUAAUAAAUUUGUCAAAC